AUGUGGUCUCCGGCCGGACCGUCAUGGCUAGUUGAGCACCAACCGCCACUGAAGACUGCUGAAUGGCCUCGGGCUACGACACCGGUCAAUGCUCGCAACACAGACUCUUUUCUGCUAGGCACUUCUGCUGAUUCUGGCGUUUACAUGAAUCUGACCUUUAGCAGCCCUCCUAUCAUCAAUAAGCCCGAUCAAAACAGGAUAUCUCCUGGACUGAGGACUCCUACUUCCCGUCCAGGGAUCCAUAUGAGCACUACUCCUUCACCUUUCAGAACGUUUCGUCUGACGUCGUUCGGCUCCCCAACAUUCAGCGAUCGUGCGCUUCGGUUGUCAAACUCAGAAAAUGUUGUCGGUUUCCGCUUUCGUGGCGGAUCGAUUGAAAAGCCGAAAAGGAUUAUCGGCAUGAGUCCCCGUGUUGAGGCCACAGAAAAUUCUGUCUCUAGGUGCCUCCAAAUGCCAUCAACUAGUGACAGCACAAACCUUGACCAAACAUUGCCAAUGACUAUGGGGGAUUUCUAUGACUCGCAUCUGGAGGCCAUGGCAGACGAUUCUGGGCUUUUCUGCAACGAUCUCAGCAUACAAGCGACUUCUACGCCUCUUCGGACUUCUUCCCAAGCAUGCCUGUUCCCUGCGACCAAUGUUGCUCCUGUACCUAACCCGUAUGCAGAUCUGUGCUUGGAAAAUCCGGCAGAAACCCCAAUUCUUGCAACGUCCCCAGUUGUCCUGAAAUCGUCACCGCCUACACCAACAUCAUUCAAACGUGCAAUGCGUGAUGUGCAACGGCAAGGAACGCUACAACCUAGGAAGCUUUUGACUGAGAGCACUAAUAUCGUGAACAACUGCCCGAACGAAAACGUGGAACGAAAGGCUACUGCAGAAUUGAAGAAACGUCCAGAAUCUUGCGAUUUGUUCGAGCCGCCGAAGAAGCCACUCAAACCGUACUCUCGUCGAUGGAUGCGAUUAGCAACGGGAGGAACACAGAUUCAAAAAGAGCUGACUGCUGCUGCUCAUGCGUUUAUCGCAGGUACCCCACGAUACAGUGAUAGCUGGUAAAUCCUUCAGUGCUAUCUAUAUCUAAUCGAAUCACUUAGAUCAUAUCACAUUUCUUACACUUUUCUAGUCAGUUGUCAAUUCUUUCUAUGUCCCAUCACAUUGUUUAGAAAGCUUGUUUUUAUGAACACUUGUUAUAGAAAGGUACAAUCUUGUAACUCAUUCUCUAAAUAUUAUGCUUUUACUCAUCGUCUCCUCAUAUACUGAUCUUACACCUAUCAUAAUCACUUUCGUAUGUAUAUAGCUUUUUAGCUCCACAUCCGGUUAUACAUUGCUGCUAACACUUUGCACUUUGAAAUUUCUUAUAUUUGAUUCUUGUUUGUAACAUUAGCUAGUAUCGAUUGAUAAAGAAUUAAUUUUGA